AGGCGCUGGGCGCAGAGGGCGACGCCGAGAGGGCGGCGGCGUUCCGGACGGUGUCGAAGCUGUACCUUGCCCAGGGCCAGGUCCCGGAGGCGCUGAAGGCCGCGGAGGAGGGCGUCGCCCGGGCGAGGUCGGGGCACGACCGCGCCGCGGAGGCCUCGCUGCUGCUGGCGGCGGCCGGCGCGCAGCUGGCGGCGGGCGGCGGCGAGGAUCGAGGGGGCGCGCCUGGCCGGCGAGGCCCUCGCGCUCUCCAAGGAUCGGCGGACGACGCGCCUGGCCAGGUGGCCGCGCUGAUACUGCUGGCCAACCUCCGCCUGUCCGACGGCGCCGCGGCGGCGGCGGUCGAGGCGGCGACGGAGGCCCUGGCAGCGUGCGCCAGCGUGGCCGACCCGGCGAGCGAGGCCGCGGCGGCGUUCGUGCUCGGGUGUGCACACCUGGCCGUGGACCAGGCGAGCGUGGAGGGGAUCAGGCGCCUACACGCCGCCCUCGCGGCUUUCGAGCGGCUCGGGGACGCGGCCGCGGCGGCCGCGGCCCUGCACACGCUCGCGGACGGCCUGUUCGCAGCGGGGGCGCUCGAGGAUACCACGGGCAGGCUGCGGCUCAGCGCUGCGGCGGAUUACCGCCAGCUCGGGGAUGCCGCCAACGAGGGCCUCCUGAAGCGCACCGUCGAGGAGGCGCGGGCCGACACCGCGGCCAUGCGCAGGGUCUCCCCGAAGCCGCCGCGCCUGCUGGUGCCGCCGGGCUGUGCGCGAUCGUUGGGCGAGGACGCGUCGGCUGGCGCCGAGGCGAUCCCGCGCGGCGCGCUGGACUGGGCGUGCGCGAGUGAGAGGAGCUACUGGGGCGAGCCGCCACAGGUCCAGCCAGCCCCCAGCGUGGCUGCGGCGGAGCGCCUGCCGUGUCACACCGUGGUCUGGGGGCAUUGCCUGGGUGACAACGCGCCCACCGAGACCUGCAUGGAAUUUGGCAGCCUGGUCGCCGCCAUGGUCAAGGGAGCGGUCGCGAAGGAGCAUCCGCAGAUUCAGAUCACACUGCUGGACUUCGCCGAGGAGCUCACGGCUGCAGAGAUCCCACGAGUUGCGUCCCAACGCUUCCGCUACGAGCCGCAGAUUGUGGAGGUGCCGUCGCUGCUGCGACGCAGUCUGAGAAAAGACAGCCUCGUCCAGCGAGGAGGCAGCAGCGCGGCGGGGAAGCUGAAGAAGACGACGACCUGGGCGAGGCGGCCGUUCAACUGGGCAGGCCCUUCGCACAAGCUGGACAGCUGCUGGUUCCGGCAGGAGUGGCGAACCGUGGGCCCGGCGGAGGGCGACAUCGGCCCCAUGCCGCCGCCGCAGCCGUUUCCGACUCGCUUCCCAGAGGCAGCUGUGGAUCGGACAUGUAAGGCUCCCGUCGGAGAGGGCAUUUAUGACGCCCUCGGCCUCGGGCUGCCGCACCCUCGGGUGAAGUUCGACAGCGGCUGCCUGAGCUGCAUCAUCGAGAAGCGGCCCGACAACCAGCAAAGAGCUGGUUACCGGCUGGAGGUGCAAGGCUGGGUGGCGUCGCAGGAGCUGUCGACCGCCGACGAGAUCGUGUGGGUCAAAGGCGAGCACAUGUGCAAGUGGUUCCUCGAGGACGACAUCGACAGGCCCGACGACGGCGGCGCCGUGGACCCGCGCAACAUCGUCAGCGGCAAGCGGGCGAGGCCGAAGGUGGACUACAAGGCGCUGGAGCGCCAGAUCCGGCGGGAGGAGUCUCGGGACGCGCACUCCGACGAGUUCAGCGGCGACGAGGCGGAGGCGGCCGAGGCCCCGCCCUCGGGGGCCGAGUGGGCCAAGCUGCACGCGCAGAGGGUCGAGCAGGCGCUCCAGCUGUUCGAGCGCUGGCUCCUCUCCACGCGCACGCCGCACCACGAGGAGCGCCUGAGGCGGCGGGGCAGCGACCGGGCCGGGGCGGACUUCACUGGCGCGGGGCAGAAGCAGAUCGCGGAGCGGCUGGGGCCCUACACGAAGCAGGCGCGGAGUUCGUCAGAGGAGAAAAGGUAUCCAUACCUCUACCCUCCGCUCGUUUCUCCCCCUUUUCGGCCUCCUGGGAGGCCCUCGUCGCCACCGCUGGACUCGCCCCGAAAUUCUGGUCAGAACGCACCCAGGGAAAGGUCCGGUGGGUAG